AAAUUCCUCCUGCAGGAGUCGUACCGCCUAACUUAGUACAAGAUGAAAAGCAAAUUGAGCAUUGUGAUUUUGGGCUUCUUCGGUUUGUUCGUUAUCAUCCAGAGCUUGACACUCGACCCAGACAACCUGAAAAAAUAUUAUAAAUGCUGGACAUUUGCUCAAUGCUAUUCAGAUGGACCGGCGGCCGAUAAAUUUGAAAAAUGCAUCACGGAUUCAAUGACACAAGACGAUGUCGACGAUGCUUACCAGUUCAUUAAAGAUAAUUACAGCCAUUACAAGAGUGACAACUUCGACGACGCCGUUAAAGAAUACUGCAAUGAAGAUGAUGACACAAGACAUGAAAUGUAUAAUAAACAAAUAGAUGGUUUUGUGGAUUAUGAGAAGAAAACCUGUGAAGAUCCAAGUACUUCAGGCAGAUGCGCAAGAGUUGCAGAAACACUACAAUGCGUGUUCUCUCUUUUGGAUCAACUGAAGCAAAAGGGAAAAUGCAAACUCAGAGGAAAAGUGAAAAAUGUGGUACAGGUCUAAUGAUAAAAAAGAAUACCAUCACUUUGCCAUGCAGCCAAUUAAUUUUUUUGUUAAUUGCCAUUACAUAUUACAAAAAGUAACAGGAUAUAUGUAAAAAUUUAAAUUUUUGAAUCAAUAAAUAAUGAAUAUGUAUGGAGAAA